AUGACAAAUUAUCUUAUGUUUCAGAUGGUGAUGCUUACUGUGUAUGCGUUUUUAUACGGGAGAUUAUAUCUCUGUUUAAGUGGAUUAGAAAAAGCGAUUAUGAAAUCAGCAAAGAUGCAAGGAGAUAAACCUUUGAAAGCAGCCAUGGCUUCUCAAUCUGUAGUUCAACUUGGUCUUUUAAUGGCGUUACCGAUGAUUAUGGAGAUCGGACUCGAAAGAGGCUUCAAAACUGCACUCGGUGACCUAAUAAUCAUGAACCUCCAGCUCUCCGCUGUCUUCUUCACCUUCUCUCUUGGCACCAAACUUCACUAUUUCGGUCGCACAAUUCUCCACGGCGGCGCCAAAUACAGAGCCACCUAA